GCUACACUUCAAUCCCAUCUUUUACGUUUGCAUUGUCUACUACUAAUUCUAAUGCCAUAAUCUUCAACUUUCCAAACCAACUGUUCGAAAUCUCGCUGCUUCAUCCAUGUGCAUGGAAAUUCUAUUCUUUGACCUUACUCCACCACCAAACGAGCCCCUCCAAUACGGAGUACCAAAAUCCCGCCUCCCUAAUCUUCUACGCUCCGUUGCUCAAGACCUGUCUGACCUUCCAACUGAAAGUUGUCCUACAUUAUUAGUUACUGCUACCAAAAUCCCUACGAAUAGGAUUCUCAUCAAAUAUGUCCACGCCCGUCAUAACCACUACUACCACCACUACUCUCACUACCACUACCACUACCAGUCCUCCUCCAUCUCUUCCCGCAAACUUCACAUUCGCUCCGUCGACUUUGUAUAUUCUCCUUGCGGAUAUAGGUCAUGAGUCGCUUUUCCACUGGGGAUACCUCCUCACCUCUGCUCCUCCCCCCGCAACCCGUACCCCUUUUCUCGCUCCCGUGACCGGAACCAUUUUCCACAUAACCAACAUGACCGGUCCCUGGCUCUACCAAUCCCCUACAUUCCCUCUCGCGCACCUCCUGAAAUUCAUCCCCUCCCUCCUCUUCAUCCUCAAAAUAUGCUCCAUAGAUGCGAUUCUGCACCCCGCGCUCUCAGAACGUUUGGGGAUAUUAGGUCUCCAAGCACAGCUCAAAAGCAUGGAAUCCAGUAUCUCUCCACCAUCUGAUUCCCAACCAGAGACAGAAGAUGGCCAAAGAGAAGGAAAUGAAAAACUUUCGCAAGGGGAAGAGGAAAAAGAAGAAAUGGUAUCUUCAGAAUCAGAGAUCACAGGUAGAACAUGGAUUAAAUCUACACUGUGUGUUCUAGAUGAAGAGGGGUAUAUUUCUUUUCCCGAAACCUCGCAUCGGCUCAGUUCAAAGACGGUGGUAGAUAGUAUUGAAGCGGAGGCGGUGGCGGGAGCGGGUUGGAAUAGGAUGAGGGGGACGGUGGGCUGGGAUCGAAGUGUGUGGGUUGGGGAGUAGAGUGCUGGAUGGGGCGGAUAGGAUUCACAAGAUACAUGAGAUGAACGUGGUUUCAGUCACUGGUGAGAUGUUGGAUAAUCUUGAGUGUAAUAAUGUUGGAUCUUCCAGCGAAGCAUGUCGCUGUCAUUUUUAUACUCUAAUAUGGGUUUGUACAUUUCAUAUGUCCAGGUUUCCACUCCCACAAUUUCUUACAAACUUCGAAUGCCAUGUAGUAAAACAAGUACAAAUCAAGUUGAGUUUA